UUCCUGGAGUUCUUAGACUAUUCUGACUGCGGACCAAGUUAGUUACUUCCCAGAGGAAGCCGCAGCAGCUCGGAGACUCUCGAUGCUAUAGGAAGCGGGGCCACAUUCACCUCUCCACCCGAGGAACAUUUUUAUGUGACAUCCUCUAUUUUAACUUUUCAAAGUUAAGCCAACGUUAUUCUUUGGGUAACGUUUGCUCAUAUAGUGUAUUCCAAUACCGGGUUGGAGGUCGAUACCUAUAGGAAUAUGCUCAGGAAUACAAAAGUUUUUGCUACUCUAAAGAAGUGAAAGGAUUUUUUUACGGAGCCCAAAUUAACCUGGACCCCCGUUUCCAAACUUUACUUCAUUCGGCGUCGAUAUGGCUUGGAUUAAAUGGGGCCUAUUAUUUUCCUUUGGUCUGUUUCUCUCUCUGGUAUGUGUGUCAGCGGAGCAGCAGAAGGGCCGGAGCGGCUUCAGAAGGUUGUACGUGCUCCAGCCCGGGCCGGGGCCAGGGUCGGGUUCGGCUGGAGCGUACGGCGGGGUGCGAGUCAGUUCCAUCUCGACGCGUCAUGGCGCGGCUGGGCAUCCGCACACGUACAACGUGGAGCUCACAGCCAACUUCGGCGGCCAGGUCCGGACCCGCAGGAUGGGGAACCAAGCGGCUUCAGUCCCAUCGUUUAGUCAGGAGCAGCCAGCCGUCCUACAGACUGGACAGGAACAGAGCCAGCAGAAGCAGUUUCUGAAGCUGUCCGGGGUGAAUGUCUGUGGAGGACAGUGCUGUUAUGGAUGGAGUGAAGCCCAGGGAUCGCAGCGAUGCACAAAGCCCAACUGCAUCCCUCAAUGCCAGAAUGGAGGAAUGUGCCUCAGGCCUCAACUCUGUGUCUGCAAGCCUGGCUCAAAGGGGAAGGCAUGCGAACAGAAGACGGCGUCCACACACCCCUUUCCAGCCCAACCUGGGAAUGAACCCACUAGUGGGCACAGCACUGGUCACACAAAUGGGCACCCCACUGGUCACACUAAUGGACACAAUGUAGUACCCCAGCGGCCCAUACCUCAGCAAGUGUCUCCCAAUGGUUACGCGUCUGCCCCCCCACCAGCUAGCAACAUGGCUCAGAUGAAAGUAACUGUCAAGCCAGCCCCCAAGCUUGUGCGACCACAUUACAUCCAACAACACAUGCAACAGCAGAUCCGGCCCAUGCCUAUGCACCCAGUUCAGAGCCAGCAGUAUGUUAUAAAGCCCAAAUACUACCACACACACACCACACACACACAGACGAUCGUUCAGUCCCAACCAGAGAGGCCGAUCCCCCUAAGAGUGGGACACAACCCCUUUCCUGCAGCAGUGGGCAACCAUACAGGAAGGAUCAAGGUGGUCUUCACACCCACCAUCUGCAAAUUAACCUGUACUGGAGGCAGAUGUCACAACAACUGUGAGCUGGGAAACACCACCACCAUCAUCAGUGAAAAUGGCCAUGCCACAGACACCCUGACAGCACCCAACUUCAGAGUAGUGGUGUGUCAUCUUCCGUGUAUAAAUGGUGGCAAGUGCAGCACCAGGGACAAGUGUCAGUGCCCUCCCAACUUUACCGGAAAGUUCUGCCAGAUACCAGUUCAGAAUGGACACCACCUGCACCCCCAGCACCAGCAGGCGGCAAGUGGCUACAGCCAAACUCAGAUCCACUCCACACACACAGUGCCACUGACCUACAGCAACGGCCAGAGUACUGUGUACAGCCCCAGCAUCGUCAACGUCCACAUCAAACAUCCUCCAGAGGCCUCUGUCCAGGUCCACCAGGUGUCGCCGCUGGACAACUACCACAGUAACGGACAUCUGCUGAAAGGUUCCCAGUCAGGUUCCUCUUCAUCUACCAGCUACACCUACCACCACACAGAGAGCAGCCAGAAGAUCCAGCACCAUGGCUACAACGUCGUCUAUCCCAGCCAGCAUGGCUACCAGGUUCCUCAGUACCAGCCUGUCACCUCGAAAAACACGCUGGGCCGCUGCUUCCAGGAGACCGCAGGAAGUCAGUGUGGGAAGGCUCUGCCAGGUCUCACUAAGCAGGAGCAGUGCUGUGGAACUAUUGGGACGUCCUGGGGUUUCCACAAAUGCCAGAAGUGUCCAAAGAAACCAUCUAUCCCUCUGAUAGAUUGUCCUCAGGGUUACAAGAGAAUCAACAGCUCUCAUUGCCAAGAUUUGGAUGAGUGCCAGCUACAGGGUGUGUGUCCCAAUGGAAACUGUCUGAACACCGUGGGCAGCUACAGGUGCAUGUGUAAACCCGGCUAUUUCCCCGACCCCACACUCACCACAUGCAUAUCCAACAUGCCUGCCAUCCAAGAGGAGAAGGGGGCUUGCUUCCGUUUGGUCAGCUCAGGGAGGCAGUGUUUGCACCCAGUUUCUGCCCAGCUGAGCAAACAGCUCUGCUGCUGCAGUGUGGGCAAAGCCUGGGGCCCUCGUUGUGACAAAUGUCCCCCUCCAGGAACAGCUAAGUUCAAAGAGAUCUGUCCUGGUGGAAUGGGCUACACUGUUCUACCAAAUCCUCCUGUCAAUAAGCCAGUCACCAUUUACCAAGAGCCUGCUGACCUGCUACCCCCCCAACCCCUGCCAACACCAGAGAGACCAGUGGAGGCUUUUCGGAAACCAGAGGAGAUUAUUCCAGUAGCAACAACUGCACCAGAUCAGGAGCUGGUAGUUCCUGUGUUUAGUAAUAGGCCAGUAGUUGAACCUAUCCUGCCCCAACUAUCUCCGGGUGUGUCCACUGUCAAGAUGGAGGCAGCCUACCCAGAGGUUGUUGAAAGGAGCUCUCCACCUGCACCAGUGGAGAUCCUCCCAUCUAAUGCAGGCCAGGACAUCGCCCCCACCCAGUCAACCGAGGUGGAUGAGUGUCAGAUCAACCCUUAUAUUUGUGGCCAGGGGAUUUGUUACAACACAGCUGAGGGAUACGCCUGCCACUGUGAUGAGGGAUACCGCCUGGAUGAUGCCCAAACCACCUGUGUAGAUGUAGAUGAAUGUUUGGAAAGCCCAUCUUUGUGCUUUGGCGGUCACUGCAAGAACACAGAGGGCAGCUUCCUGUGUGUGUGUCUGUGGGGAUUCCUUGUUGACGAAGAGGGAACCAGUUGUGUUGAUAUCGAUGAAUGUGUAAACAGGACAGUGUGUCCUUCUGGCAUCUGCUUCAACAUACCGGGGAAUUACAACUGUGGGUCCUGUCCAAAUGGGUUUUUGGCACAGGGAGGCCAGUGUGUAGAUAUAGAUGAGUGCCAGGAUCACCAGGUUUGUACCAGAGGCCACUGCCUAAACACUGAAGGCUCCUUUAAAUGUCAGUGUGGGCCAGGCUUCAGAGUGUCAACGACUGGAGACCAGUGUGACGAUGUUGAUGAGUGUUUAGAGGAAGCUAGGCCCUGUGAGGCUGUAGGGGAGUGUGUUAACAGCAUGGGCUCCUACACCUGUACCUGCCCACAUGGAUACCAACAGACCAACGCCACCAGCUGUAGAGAUGUUGAUGAGUGUGUGGAUGAGCCGGAGCUCUGCUCCCCCAACGGCAAGUGUCUCAACACAGAAGGAGCCUAUCUGUGUGUCUGUGAGAGUGGAUUCACAGCCAACCUCGACACACCCUCCUGUGAUGAUAUUGAUGAGUGUGGCCUCAAUGAGACACUGUGUGGCCCUCAUGGCUUCUGUGAGAACAGACUGGGUUCCUUCCGAUGCCUCUGUGACCAGGGCUACCAGGAGUCUCAGGAUGGCCAAGGCUGUGCGGAUGUGAAUGAGUGUGAACUGCUGAGCAGUGUGUGUGGAGAAGCUCAGUGUGUGAACAUGGAUGGUUCCUUCCUCUGCGUGUGUCCCAGCGGCCAGGACUAUAACAUCAUGAUUGCCAAGUGUGAGCCUGUUCCCACAGUGUCGUCAGUGGAGCGUAAGGAGUGCUACCAUCGUCUCAAUGAUGAGAACCUGUGUGAGAGUGUGCUGACCAGCCAUGUCACCCUGCAGGAGUGCUGCUGCACACUGGGGGCUGGCUGGGGUGACAACUGUGAGGUACAUCCCUGUCCUGUCAAUGACACAGACCAGUUUAACCUCAUGUGUCCAUCUGGAAGAGGCUUUAUUCCCAGUGGAGAUUUCUUGUAUGGAGUACCCACUGAUGACAGCUACAAAGAUGCAGAUGAAUGUACGCUUUUUGGCCAGGAGGUAUGUAAAGGAGGCUUCUGUCUGGAUACCAUGGGCAGCUAUGAGUGUUACUGCAAGACCGGACAGGACUACGAUACUGCCAAGUUGGAGUGCAGAGACAUCAAUGAGUGUCUAGAUGAAUCGGUAUGUGACCGUGGACAGUGUCUGAACACAGAUGGCUCAUACAUUUGUUUCUGUACACAUCCCAUGGUGUUGGACCCCAACAGUAACCGCUGUGUCUUCAUUGAGGUGGCUGAGCAACAUGAGGCAGAGCAGAUAGACUACCAGGGGAUCUGCUGGCUGCUUACAGAAAACCUGACAUGCACCCAGCCUCUGGGUCUCAACAGGAAGACCACAUACACAGAGUGCUGCUGUCUGUACGGAGAGGCCUGGGGCAUGGACUGUGCCUUGUGCCCACCUAGAAACACUGAGGAUUAUGCAUCCAUGUGUAACCUUCCUCUGGGUGGUGGGCUGGGGCCAUACGGUCGUGAUGCCGUUGCAGCCGGCCCAGUCCAUGAAUAUGAAGUGAGCCCAGACUAUUCACCAUCACCUGAGCAGCAGGCUGCCCUGCCUUUUUAUGAGAAUGAGGAGCAUCCACACAAGGCAUUUGAGGGUUUGCAAGCAGAGGAAUGUGGGAUACUGAAUGGAUGUGAGAACGGUCGGUGUGUCCGGGUUCAGGAGGGUUACACCUGCGACUGCUUUGAUGGAUACACUUUGGACCUGUCUCGCAUGGCCUGCAUUGAUGUGAACGAGUGUUCAGAACUGAAUAAUCAGAUGUCACUGUGUAAAAAUGCAAAGUGCAUCAACACAGUGGGUUCCUAUCAGUGUGUAUGUCUGCCGGGGUACACUGCCUCCGAAAAACCAAACUACUGUGUGGAGGUUGCAAAACACAAAACAUCAACACAUGCACAGUGAUCAUAGACAAACACUAGGGGGAAACAGGAGACACAAAACCACACACACAAGCUUGUAUUACUAUACUUGUGAGGUCAUCCAGUGACUACAUUCAGUCACUGCCAAAGCAUCAACACCAACCUUAAAGUUUAACUCUGUGAUUUGGUUAGUGUCCAGCGGCACUCCCAAAUCCCAAAACACUUGCUGAUCAUCAACUGUGACCUGGAGAAGCAUUUGAGAUUCGGGGGUCAUAUAACAAUAUUAGGCUGUGUACCUUUAACUGUAAAAGAUCUAUUUAAAAUCGUUGCUCUAAAUCUAAAUCUAACCUCCAAAACCUAGACCUUGCCUUUGAAUUAACCUAAUCCUGUUUCUAAUCUUAUUCCAUAAUUUAAAACUAAUCCAAAUCCAGAUCCACCAGUUACCAGUUUCAUUGUCAUUACUUUUCUUACUCCCUCCAUUCUCCUUUCUGCUCUACAUCAGUAUGGAUUUUAUGUAUUUUGUUUUUUGUAACUGUAAUUAUGUUGCAUUAUAUUUGUUAUACUUUUUCAUUUUAGUGUUUUUCUAAUGUGGACAUUUCAAAAUAAAUCCUUCCUAAACCUUAUAAAGUACUACCAAUGUUAAGGCCAAAUUUUUUAAAAACCUAAAAAAAUAAUUUUUAGUGAUUUUUCACCAACCACACUGCAUCUUGUUAAAGGAAUUAUUCAACAUUUUGAGAUAUGCUUAUUUGCUUUAUUUCCAGGAGAUUGAAGAGAAGAUCUCAUGUCUAUGCUCUGUGUAGGGACCUAGAGAAAGUAGGUGGUUAGCUUAACUUGGUACAAUGUCUGGAAGCUGGGGAAACAACUGGCCAGUCUUUAUGCUAAGCUAGUCUAACCACAUCCUGACUCCAGCUCUGUACUUAAACAGACAUGAGAGAGGUAUCAUUAAAGUCAAUUACUGUAUUUUCCCAGAAUGUUGAACCAUUCCUUUAGCUUGAAUGGGUUCUGACUGACAGAAGACAGAACUUUAAUUUUUUAUUAAAAAGUCAGUGUGGAGAACAAAAUGCAGAAAUGCCUGUAGAACAUUGUGUCUACACAGGACGUGUAGUGUGAGCAGCACGUUAGCAGAGCAGCAACAGCAGCUGCAAAUAUCCACGUGCAUCUGCGCAGGAUGCGUUCAGGCACUGUUUUGAGCAUAAGUCGCCGACAUUUGUGCUCAGGGGUCAUGUUUACGGGCGUAUAGUGCGAGUGAAACACAAGCUGUUACCUGGGCUGUAUAGAAAGCUAGAUUAAUUAAGGCUCUGUUGACACCCAGCAUUAAAAUGCAUCUUGGGUGAUCUAAUCACAAGUGGACAGCUCUAAACACAGGUGUGAAUGCACGCAAGACUCAUUGAGAACGCACUGAGAUCCGAUCACUCAGUCCAUAUUUGGAGGUGGUCUGGGCCAAAUAUAGCAUUCUUUUAGCAGUGUGUAUGCGAAUGUGUCCUGGGCCACAUUGAAGGAUGGCCUACUCAACUGAACCCUUCUGUGUAAGCAGAAGUAUGUACUUAUGUACAAGAAAACAACAACAACAACAUGCAAAAUGGAUUCUCAUUUCUUUCCACUGCAAAUUAACAUUGAGAUACAUCUUGCACAUUGAAAUUGCUGUGAGAAAGUUUUACAAAUAUAAAACCUUCAUAGGUUAUAAAUUCAUAAUACAUGGAGUAAUAAUUGAUCUUGUUUGCUGUUUCAGGUGUAAUGUUAAUAGUUUUAGAAUGCUGGUCUAUGGGGAAAAUGCUUUUUGGGCCACAGGGGAUUUUUUUUAUUGCAGUAAAGUGAGUUUCCACUGGGGUAAAAUUUGCAGCAAGGUUGAAACGUGGUGCCAUAUCCCACUCUCUUAAUACAUCCAUUGGAAACAUUUAGCAAAAAUAGUGACCUGGGCAGCAUUUUCAUUCAAAUGUAAAUUAUUAGGGCACUAUGUAGAGCAUAGUAAAUUUCACAUGGAAAAUCACAUAAAAUGGCGAAGGAUAAAGGUAGUGUACUAGGUAGUAACUAGGGAGGGAUUUAGGACACACAGUGAGUCUACAGCUUUAUGCUGGUGUUUAGCAAGGUUAAUGUUCACCAUGUUUACCAUCUUAGCUAAGCGUGUUAGCAUUCUAGCAUUUGCUAUUUAGCAAAUCACAGCUGAGGCUGAUUGAAUGUUGUUUUUUUUACCGAGGAUCAACAAAGUUGUUGCAGUUCAUCCUGAGGGGAACAUUAAUUUCUGAACUAUGGCCUUAAUGGUAAUCCAUCCAAUUUCUGAGUUUUUGAAAUUCUGCCAUCCCUAAAGCCACACCACUAGUUAUGCUAAUAAGCUUGGGAACCACUGAAUACAUAUAUGUAUAUAUAUAUAUAUAUAUAUAUAUA